CAGCCACUACCAACAACAUGGGUAAAGUUCACGGAUCUCUCGCUCGUGCAGGAAAGGUAAAAUCUCAAUGCCCCAAGGUUGAGAAGCAAGAAAAGCCUAAGCAACCUAAAGGCCGUGCUCACAAGCGUCUUGUAUAUGUUCGCCGCUUCGUUAACGUUACCAACAUGGCCGGCGGCAAGAGAAGAAUGAACCCUUCUUCUUAAGCAGAUAACUAAAGCUUAGGGCUUUAUAAUUAAGACUCCUUUGCAUAUUUUACGAAAUGAGUUGAAUAAGAGAAUCUGCUCGCCA